GCGCGCGCGCCAGUACUGCGCCGCUCCCCGCCGCGCUCGCGCGUCUCCGGUGAAAGCUAGCAGCGCACCUGCCGACGACUACGGCACCGCACCGAAUCAGCGACCGUUAUCGUCCUAAAUGACAACCUAAUGGACGAACGAAGAGGUAGUCCACGCAUGCUUGUGCUAACUCAGUGUGAACACUAGUGGAGUGCAGUGUUGUGUUCAUGUCCAAAUGGAGGAGGUUCGCAUACAGGAUUGGCCCGAGCCCCCGGGCUCCCAUGCAUGGCUGCCAGCUUACGGCUUCCAGCAUGAGAUUUUGGAUAAAGACGACUAUUUCGGCUCCAAUGGUGACAAUGGCAGCACACACGCCUUAUACCUGGAGACCAUCGUAGAAGAAACGAGCGAUGACCUUCGAUCCGAACGUUCAUCAGCCGCCACCUGGCUGUCAGACUCUGAUGCUGAUUCCGUUAUACAUGUGCGCGGAAAUGGAGGUUCGGAGUGUGACAGCGAGUCAGAGCGCGAGUGGGCGUGCCCGGCGAAGCGGCGGCGGCGCGAGCGCGGCCCGUCCCCGGCCAGCUCGGGCUCCCUGUCGCGCUCCUCCAGCCUCGCGCAGUUCGAGUCGCUGGAGCGCUCGUGUGCCGCGCCCGCGUCGCCCAGCUUGUCCCCGGAUUCGCUGGAGUCCCCGCCCGCGUCGCCGCCGCCGCCCCGCGUCGCGGCGCGUGCGCACCUCUCCGCCGAGAACCUCAGCGAGGACAGCGGCUACAGCGAGCGCGCGCGCCGCCCGCCCCCGCCGCGCCGGACCGAAAUAGCGCUGCGCUCGCCCGCCGCCGGCUCAGCGCCCUGCCUCGCCGCGCCCGCCGCGCCCAGUGCCGAGCCGGGCCCGCGGCCGCCACGCGCGCGUGCUCUCUCCCUCCCCGCCGAGCUGGACGUGUGCGCCGAGCCGCGCCGCCACGCCGCGCACCGCGCGCGCUUCCGACAGACCUUCGAGGUCAGCGAAAGCCUCACCGUCAGCGUGGCCGACCUCACGGCGCUCGACUACCGCGGCGGUCCGCGGCGCCCGCGACUGCCGCCGCCGCCGCCGCCGCCGCGCGCCUCUCAGCCGCAACAUGCGCCGGCACACCCUGCCAGCCCCACGCACCCCGCGCAUCCUACGCAUCAACCGCACCCCGCGCCCCCUACACCUCCAGCGCACCCUACACACCCGCCGCCCCCACCGCCAUUGGAAACCCCGCGUGUUCCGUCCGUGUCGCCGGCCCGCGAGCCGAGCGCCGGCAGUGACUCCACCACCGAAUCUGAGCGCGCGUUCGCCGCUGAAAUGGAAGCGACCGCUCGCCGCCUCGACGAGUCGGCGCGGCGAGCCCUCGAGGACACCGGAGCCUACGACCGCGAGUUGUCGGUACUGACGGCGAGACGGCUGCAGGACUCGUGGGGAGCCUGGGACGACGUGCUAGACGAGCUCCGUCGCCGCCUGGAACCUUCAUCCCCAUCCCCGUCACCCCCUCGGACCCCGUCCCCGGAUCCCGUAAGGGAGCCGACGUUCACGUCGACGCCGUUACGAGCGGGCGACGCUCGAGUACGAUCGACCCCGGAGCUCCGCGCGAGGGCGACACCCCACCGUGAAACACCAGAAGAAUUGCGCGCAUCAUUACAAACGGUGGCGCCGGCGCCGGCCGGCCCACCUGCGCGCUCAGUGUCCGCCGGCUCGAAGGGCGUGACGUUCUCGCCGGUCGUGGCGGAGGUGAGCUGGCGCGAGACCAGCGCGAGCACCACGACAAGUGUGAGUACGAGCGCGAGCGACGAUGCGGCCGACGCGGACGUGGUGGUGGUGGAGGGGGCCGGGGAGGGGGAGGGGGGCGGCGAGCGCAGGCGCGCGCCGGCCGCAGAGCGCGCUGCCGCCAUGACGGACGCGGGCGCGCGCGCGCCGCGCAGCCGCAUUGCCGGCUUCCUCUCGCGAUUCGCGAACUUCCGAUUUUCGGGGAGAAAAGAGAAAAAGACGAGGAGCGCAGGCGCGAACACACGGGGUGCGCCGAGUCCUGUGACGACGGCGGCAGACGCGGGGCAGGCACCGCGCGCGGCGGCCGCGACGCCGCAGUAUGUGCGCAUCCCGCUGAAGGAGGAGGGUGUGUCGAGGGCGGCGGCUCCCCCUGUGGCGGGCGGCGUGGCGCACAAGCCGCCGCGGCCGCGCCCGCCGCCCGCUGCGGCGCCCGGCGUGCUGGAGACGGACGUGGACACGCAGCGCACCGUGCUGCACGCGCGCUCGCUGCUGGCGCUCGCGCCGCCCGACCAGCGCGCGCCGCGACCACACAAGUCCAUGGAGUUCCUGCUCGACAAGGACAGCGCGCAAACUGUACAGCCUCCCGAGAACGAAUUGCAGAAGAAUUCGGACCGCGUGCUCUCUGAGCACGAGUUGCGGGUCCAGAGGUCUUUGCAGAAGCUCAAUGUGCCGGAAUGGUACAAAAACGCGCCCGCGCCGCGAGAGGGGUUCCUGCUGCGCAAGCGGUUGUCUGACGCGUCGGCGUCGGCGACGAGGUGGAGCGGCCUCAACUCCAAGACCACCUCAUUGGGCAGCCUGGGCGGCACCCCCCCUCCGCCGCCCCCCCAACUUUCCCCCCACACCACUAGCUUCGGAAGGUGGUCUACUAGCCGGCUUAAUUCCAACCAGACAUCUCCGUGUUCAUCGACGCGCAGCAGCAUCCGCGGCACCAGCCCGCUGUGCUCGCCUUCCACCAGGUCCUCGUUUAGCGCUCGGCAGCCCUACCUCGGCUGGCGGAGUCAAGAGCGCCUCAACUCAACGCCUAGGACGCCACAUGAGAGGCUAGCAUCGUCACUCCUGCAGCAACAACAGGCGUCAAAGGCUUCCGAGGAGAUCCAGUCGUCUAUCAAGGAGGUGACGUCAGCUAUCGUGCACUACGUAUCGGGACUCGAACCUGCGAAUGGCGACGUGGAUCGGCAGCCCUCGCCGCGGUCCAGUCAGAAGCUAUACUGGCUUGAGAGCUCGUUUGUUGGUACGAAACCUCUGGAGUCCCCACAGACGCCCCUAGUGGUGUCGGAGGCUCUGCCCCCGCCGCACCCUCGGCCGCCGUCGUCGCUGCGCCUGGACCACCGCGCCGCGCCCGACUGGCAAGACUCCCAGCGUUCGUUGAACCUGGGCAUCACGCGCCCUUCACCAGGCUCCACAACCCUGGAAGACGUGUUGGACUCUCUGCUGGGCCUGCCAUCGCAGCCGACGAGGAUUCCCACUCCUCAGCCGAGCCCUAGGAAAUCUUCCAGUCCUUACUAUUUGAUGGGGGGCAAGAGCCCCCGCUACGAGCAGCUAGCAAGCAGCGGGCAUAGCAGCGCAUCCCCCGCCUCCCGCUUCGUCAGCACCCCGAGCGAGGAACCGAGCUCCUUCACCGACCCAAGUCCCGACCACGACCGACCAGGCAAGGAUACAGUUGAUAAUCUUACCCCAAUGCAAGAUUCGAGACGGCCUCGGUCGGCGCAAGGCGAACAUUCUCGACGGAGGAGUGAGCCGUUUGCGCAUGCGAGUGCCUCGCUGGACCGUCGGACCAGCCUAGACGCCGCCGCGCUACGCCCUGCCGACAACACUCUGACCCAGCAUGACUCCAAAACUUCUCUUGCCUCUCUUCACACUGAAAACAGCACAGACGACGCUUUCGUCAAAUGCAAAUACCCUAAGUGCUCAUCCCGCGCCCCCGUUUCCGACGCCAAGAGGCACUACAAAACUUGCCACAAUUGCACUACAAUGUAUUGCUCAAGAGAAUGCCGGAGAGCGCAUUGGGAGAAACAUAGAAAAGUCUGCCUGCACUCCCGCGCAAGCGCCCUGUGCCGGCAGAUCAUAUCCGCAGCCAAAGAAGACGCAGACGCACUUCAUCAAAUCAGCACAGUGGGCCACAAAGGCUACCUCGCUCUCGGCCGAGGGGUAGUCAAAGUAUUCUUCACGAGUCCUGAAGCUGCCGAAAAGUUUACCACUCACGGCUACCAAUACCUGACAGAGCCUGAGUUUGUCAAAUGGACAUCUCUUCAACCGAACGAAAUGGGCGUGGAACUUUACACUGAAGUCGUAAAACUUUGCAAAGCUUACAACCCGGAGACCAGGGUGAUAUUGUACGUGGCCGUUUGUAUCAUCAGCGAAGUUCCCACGAAAGGAGCUGUGAAGUGGGAGCGACAGAUGGUGUCGAGGUGUGCAAAACUGCGACUUAGUAAAACCGUCACAGCUGUCAUACAAGAACAGAACCGCAGGCGACACAGGAGAGACAGUAAGAGCACUCCCGAGGAGAGAGAAACACUCAUACUAACAUCCAAAUUAUGUAACGCGGGGGAAAAGAACGCGGCCACAGCUCAUAAGUUUAGGGAAAUAUGCUUCCAGAACAUAAUAAAGGAAUUAGAAAGCCGAGGAGUGGUGCUGAAGAAGCAUUUUCCAGAGGUGUAUUCGAGGUUAGCGGCGUACGUGGACGGAACGAGUGACAGGUUCAUUCCAAUGACUAUUUACCCUAAGGAUGUGAAUAGUGGGAAGUCUUUCAUGUGUGUGAUCAUGCCUGAUAGUGAAGUGGAGAGUAGUACACCAGUGGACGGGAAGGUGACGACAGUCGACGUCGGCGUGGACAGGUCCCGCCAUCAACUGUCGACGCCAAUGUGAGAUACCAUCAUUAAUGUUAGCAAACGGAAACAUAUUCUUCUUGGCAUAAAGACGAACGGUGAUAAUAGUGCUUAUUAUAAAGAUGUCAUCACCAGUUACGGCGAUCUAUAUUUAUAAUUUAAAAUUAAUCUUUAGAAUGAAUCUCAUGUGUGAAAUGAAAUGUUAAAUGUGCCCUUAAUAUUUAUGAUUAUUUUCAGUACAUAUAAUAUAAAUGUUAAGACCUGAACGUUUGGUGUAUGCGUUGCAUUCCAAAGGCGAUUUAUUCGCUUUUAAUUAGCAAAGUUAUUUAAAUAGAUGACACAGAUGAUGAAAGAGGAUAGAUGCAAAGAUGGAAAUAUAAAUGUAAUUGAUGUUCUGCGUAAAACACGGAA